GGGCAUAUAACAGUACUCACUGGAGUAUGUAACAGAACUCAGAAUCUGGAAAGGGACUGUUGCGGAAACACUGAACUCUCAGAGAAAAUACUGUUUGUUUUUGUAAAGGAAAAGACUGUACAUAGGAAGGUGGUAGGCAAACAGGAAGAAUGAAGUGCAAGUGCUGGAAGAUACUGGCAGCACUUUUCAGUCGCUUACUUUUCGGCAUACAUGGGACCCUGAUGGUUCUUGUAACAGUGGGGAUAAAGGAGGAUAUAGCAUAUCUCAUACUUCUAAUUGGCAUUGUUCUUUUAUUCGUUGAGUUGGCCGUGACACUAUGGAGGACCAAGAAAGGAGAAUGGAAAUGGUUCUCCCCCAUGGUGUUUCUGUAUCUUUGUACUGUUAUACCCUCUGUCUUUGUGAUGGAACUUGAGCUUCUAGAACACAGAAUUGAACUAAGCAACACAACAAGUGCAAAGUGUAUUGACAGCGAAUACAAAGAAUACUCCACUGAGGCACAAGCUUUGGAACAGUUACUGAUCUUGGUUCUUAUCAUAGGACGUUGGCUGAUGCCAAAAGGUCAGAUGAGUAGAGACCAGCUCUCUCAAUUACUUCUGACGUACCUUGGUUUAGGUGCAGACAUCCUGGAUGUUUUAGAUUUAAUCAAGGACCCAGCAGUGAACACCAACUUUCCUUUAGCAAUCGUGGGACUGAUUUUGUUUAGCUGGGCAAUCAUGCAAUUCACAAUAGUGCUCACACAAAAUGUGUCACUACCAUCUCAGAAAACACCGGGCGAUGAGGAGUCACAGACAUCACCUGACAAAAAUAGACCAGCUGUCACCUCAUGUUGCACUGCUCAGGUAUGGACUCUGGUCAUCACUGUGGGGAUGCAGGACGGACCUUUCCUUGUUUAUCGUAUUUACUUGGCAUCUAUGGAGGGCGUGGAUAAUGAUUCAAUUGUCUUCUUCAUUUGCAAGAACUUUUUGACAGUCAUGAUAGAAAUAUACAGGAUUGCUGCAUUUCUGUGUGACGAGAGGCGCAAUAGGAAAAAGCCGGAACAAAGUCAUAUAAAUAUGGAAUAGUAUAAAAUGGAAAGGGGAUAUUACACUAUUAAAACAGUGCCUUCCUAAUCUUUUCCAAAGACAAUAUUAUAUUUCAGUGCUUCUCUUCGGCCAUUUUAAAAGGAAAAAAAAUAUGAACAAUUAGCAAAAUGCAGCAAUAUUUUUGCUAGUGAUGUUUCUGCAUAUGGUCAGUAAAUACCUGUAACAAAAGUAUAACAGUGCAGGACCAUGGUGUAAAUAUUUUUUGUGUCAUGCCCGGUAUAAAUGGAGGACCGCAUGUGUUUGCAGACCACAGUGGUGGUAAAUGUGAGUGCAAAAUUUAUCAUAUUCUGACCGCAGGAGCUCUGCAUAUUGGGAUUGUUUUCUAGGCUGUAUUUAAAUCCCAUACAUGUUAUGAAAUCUCAAUUGUUUAUUAAAAUAAAUGUUAAAAGACUAAUUUUAUUUACAAACAAAAGGCCAACUUACUGUAGCAAACAUGGCUUUGAAGGAUGCAGCUUUUAUCAGGCGGCAGAAUAAUAAGAUGCACAAAAGCUUUGAAACAACUGGAACAUGUCUCAGGCUUUAGAGUUAUUAGACUCUUCCUCUGUCUGUCUUCUUUACCAGACAUACAAUCCCUUACUUACCCUUUUCUGUCUUUGCAAAUGUCACUUGACACUUUGUUCAGCUGUUGUUUUCAAUCUUCCUCACUAACUGGUGCGUUGUCUUCCCUUAAUAUUUGUAAUGAUUUAUUUUACUGUUUAAGUGUGAGUGCACAUGUUCUAAUGAAUUAGUGUUUGCACGAACACAGACUCUGUCAUCUGUGUCAUUAUAUACAAAGUUUCAUAAGUCAUUGCCAAGCAGUGCUCAGAACCACCCUACUCUUCUACUCAAUAAAGGGAAAGCAAGCAUGAUAAAAAUCACUUCUGGUGCUCAACACUCCCGCCCACUGGAUCCAAUGCCAAUAUACGAAGUCCCUGGAGUACAGAUAUCAAAAUGCCACCAAGGUAGUAAGCCUUAAGGUGCCCAUACACUAGUGCGAUAUUGCCCGAUUUCAUCCGAUUUUGACCUUUCGGUCCCGUGAGCAUCGGAUCGGAGCCCCUAGAUCGGAAGUACUGCACUAUAGAUAUCUUGGAUUCCACAGGCAUGACUGGGAUCGCAUACGAUCCUGUCGCCUGGGAAGCUGCCGGGCGGUUUAAUGGAAAUCUUAUGCGACCUAAUUACAUGUCGACCUUAACAACAUAGAUCUACUGUAUUAAUCCACACACUGUGCUACAUAUGAUAGAAUUAUACGUAUGAGACGAAACAUUUUUGUCUCUAGAAAAACAUCAGGGGCGGGAUGUAAUGUCGCCCGAGUUCGGCCUACAUCAUGCAUGUAGGCCGAACUCAGGCGGCAUUACAUCCCGCCCCAUAAGUUAAUUUAAGAUGUUUUAUGUUUGAGGGACACAACACAGAUGUGCUUGGGGAUGCUUGGGCUCAUGGCCACAACCGCAGAGGUAGUACCAUGGUCAAGGCUACGAAUGAGCCAUGUACAAAAUUGUUAUCCACAAUGUGAAAUAGGGAAGGGAUAUCAAAGAUCCAAAUUCAUUUUGUAGAUUAUUAAAAGAGGAAGAUGAAAUCUAUAAUGGUGUUCAAAGGAAGACACACUGGGUAUGAUGUGGAUGAUUAAGAUGUAAAAAGCAGCUAAUAAAAACAAGUGUUUACAUUCA